UUUAUCGACGUGUACACAUAACCAUGAAGUAAACCACACGUUCGUUUUUUGUUAACCGAAACAAAUUUGUUCAAAAUCCAUUUAUAUCAUAGUACAAUUAACACAAAUUAGAUUAAUUAAUUAUUUUAACCUCUAAUAAGGACCAAAAAAAAUAUUCAUCUUGUUUUACUUAUAAAUAAGAAUCCACACUUAACAUUGAUGAAAAACGAUUUCAUUUAAAGUGAAAAUAAAACAAAAAUGACGGAAAUUACAUCCAUAUUAAACUAUAUACUUCAAACAAAAGAUUCUAUCAAAGAGUUCGUGAAAAGUGAAGUCAAAUACGAUGAAGAAAUCGAUUCAUGGUUAUUCGUAAACAAGCCAUGGCCCGUGCUCGGGAUAAUCAUUGUGUACUUAUUUUUCGUAAUAAAAAUAGGUCCAAAAAUGAUGGAGAAUCGACAACCAUUCAAAAUUACUAAUGUAAUUUUGGUUUUCAACUUUAUUCAAUUCUCCUACAACGGUCUGCUUUGUUUAUGGAUAAUUUUGACUCCCGGUAUACCAAAGUAUAUAUUUACUCACCUGUGUCAUAUCACUAAUGAAACCCAACACGAGAGAUAUUUAAUAAAAUGUCUACACACUGUUUCAUGGUUUUACUUCAUGUCAAAAAUCAUUGAUUUGUUGGAUACAGUAUUUUUUGUUUUGAGAAAAAAACAAUCCCAUGUAUCUUUUUUACAUGUUUACCAUCAUACAAAAAUGGUAAUUUCGUGUUGGAUACAUAUGAGAUUUUUUAAAAGCGAACAAGCGGCUUAUGGUGCGUUGCUCAACUCAAGUGUCCAUAUCGCUAUGUACGGAUAUUAUUUCCUUGCUGCUCUUGGACCAUAUAUGCACAAAUAUCUGUGGUGGAAAGUGUAUGUGACUCGAUUACAAAUUGCUCAACUAUUCAUCGCAGUAGCUUUUAUGGCUUAUCUGUAUAAAUAUGACUGCACCAUGCCACGAGCGUUGUCAUUUACCGUAAUUAUCGAUCUCUUUGCAUUUAUUUAUUUGUUCAUGGAUUUUUAUAAAUCCGCUUAUAAGAAAGAUAAAUUAAACGUAAUAGGCAGAGCUAACAAGAAAAAUAAAGAAGAUAAAAUUGACAAAAUAGAUACAGAAGACAAAAUCAAAUCGUCAUAAGCGUUGGUUCUGUUCAUAUAUGAUUCGUUAUAGUACAUACAUUUUACAUAUACUUAUGUAAAAUUAAUUAUAUUCAUACUUGAAAAGAUUACCAAAUGAAAGUUUGAACCACCAAAUGUGUACAUUAAUAAGUCAAAUACAACCACGUGACUAAAAAUAAUUGCAGCAAUUCUAUUUAUAAGACACCUCGCCAAUAUUUCUUAAAUAUUUCUCUCGUGAACUAUUAUACAAAUUAAAGAUAAUAUUUUGUGUGAUGUUAUGGAUUUUUAUUUUACUUUAAUAACUGGUUAUAUUUAAAAAUAAUUAUUUAGAUAUUAUUAAUUGUUAAAUAUUUAUAUAAAUAUCAUUCAUUUUUAAAUAAAUAUUUUGAUUACUAAAAACCAAUUUGAGACAAUAUUUUUGAUACUUCAAAAUUAUUUUUCUAUUAGUGACAUAGUGACAAACAUACCGUUGAUGUUGGUUUGGUGUUCCUUUAAGAAAUACUGAAUAACUUUAAAAUAUUUUAUUGAGCUUAUUGCAUUUUUAAGUUUAAAAUUAUACAGAAAUUAAAAAACUUGAAAUUACUGUGUAUUUAUAUAUAUUAAAAAAAAAAUCACUAUAACUUUAUAUGAUAUAUACGAAUGUGAUAUUAUCAUAUUUAUUUGUACGAUUGAAAUCAUUGAUUCAACUACAUAAUAUAUCUUAGGUUUAACCAAUAAAUACAAUGCAUGUUUGUGUUUGAUUUUUAAGUAUAAAUAAUAAUUUUACUUUAAUAUACUGCAGUAUGUGCCUAUAUCAAAUGUUUUAAUUUUCAAUAAUAAUUAAUAUAAUUUUAGGACAUAAGUAAUUAAGACUAUCUUCUUUCUAAAAAGCAUUGUUAUGUAUUAUUAUAUUGUAUUCGGGUUUUUUACUUGUAUAAAAGAUUGACAAUGCCAAUAAAUGAGCAGCAUUCUUGCUUAGUGGUGUAUUGAUUAAAGAAGUAUACUCAUACUUGUAUAGGUUUUUUAGCGUAU